AUGGUAAGUGUAUCAUUAUCAAUUUUUCUUAACAUGGCUACAAUCAGCUUUUGUUUCUUUUUACUUGAUACAGGUCAUUUUAAAAUGUUGACAAACUCGAUGGAGUGUGAUUUUCUAUUAACAGUAGCUUUAGAAAUGAUGCGCGAUUCUGGUGCUGUUACUAAUGUCAAAGAUUUAAAAUAUGUAGCUGAUAAAGAAAAUUUAUUUAUUGCCAGAGAACGUUGUGAAUUUGUUAACCGUUGUGUACUCACAAAUGUUGUUAUCACAACGGCAACAACAAUUGUAUUGUACGAUGUAACAGAAUUAGAUAAUGGUGUCAAACAAAAACCAAAACCAAAACGACAACAACAACAACAAACCACGACAAAAACAAAGAAACCUAUUGUUUCUACGUCAAAAUGUUUAACAAAGUCGUCUGAUAGUGAAGAGCACAACGAUAAUGAAUCAGUUACAAAAUUAAAGGCUAAGAACAUACAAUCAACACCAAAAUUAAAUCGUCUACGUUCAAGAACAGCUGGUGGUGGUACCAAAGAAUUUACUAAUAAUUCUCAUAAAUCUUCAAUCAAUAGUUCAUCCAGUGUAAAAAAAACGAAAUGA